GUUCGCUCGGCGUUCCCCGGUCCGAGUUGCAACAGCCCCUCUGCUCUCCUUCCGAUCAGCCAAGAGCUACGCAUGUCCUUGCGGAAGUGACGUCAGUUCGAGUCCUGUGGGGGCGGUGGUGGGAGUGAUGAGAGGAGUGAGACGGUGGUAGCUGUUGUGAGAAGAUGGAGUUUCCCGGAGGAAAUGACAAUUACCUGACGAUCACAGGGCCCUCGCACCCCUUCCUGUCAGGGGCCGAGACAUUCCAUACACCAAGCUUGGGUGAUGAGGAAUUUGAAAUCCCGCCUAUCUCCUUGGAUUCUGAUCCUUCACUGGCUGUCUCAGAUGUGGUUGGCCACUUUGAUGACCUGGCAGACCCUUCCUCCUCUCAGGAUGGCAGCUUUUCAGCCCAAUAUGGGGUCCAGACAUUGGACAUGCCUGUUGGCAUGACCCAUGGCUUGAUGGAGCAGGGCGGGGGGCUCCUGAGUGGGGGCUUGACCAUGGACUUGGACCAUUCUAUAGGAACUCAGUAUAGCGCCAACCCACCUGUUACAAUUGAUGUACCAAUGACAGACAUGACAUCUGGCUUGAUGGGGCAUAGCCAGUUGACCACCAUUGAUCAGUCAGAACUGAGUUCUCAACUUGGUUUGAGCUUAGGGGGUGGUACCAUCCUGCCACCUGCCCAGUCACCAGAGGAUCGUCUUUCAACCACCCCUUCACCUACUAGUUCACUUCAUGAGGAUGGUGUUGAGGAUUUCCGGAGGCAACUUCCCAGCCAGAAGACAGUUGUGGUGGAAACAGGAAAAAAGCAGAAGGCCCCAAAGAAGAGAAAAAAGAAAGAUCCUAAUGAACCUCAGAAACCAGUCUCAGCAUAUGCUUUAUUCUUUCGUGAUACACAGGCAGCCAUCAAGGGACAGAAUCCCAAUGCCACUUUCGGGGAGGUUUCAAAAAUUGUGGCCUCCAUGUGGGACAGUCUUGGAGAGGAGCAAAAACAGGUAUAUAAGAGGAAAACUGAAGCUGCCAAGAAAGAGUAUCUGAAGGCUCUGGCUGCUUAUAAAGACAAUCAAGAGUGUCAGGCCACUGUGGAAACAGUAGAACUGGAUUCAGUGCCAUCACAGACUCCUUCUCCACCUCCUGUGGCUACUGUUGACCCAGCGUCGCCAGCACCAGCCUCAACAGAGCCCCCUUCCCUGUCCUCUUCCAUUGUUGUUAAUUCCACUCUUUCAUCCUAUGUAGCAAACCAGGCAUCUUCUGGGGCUGGGGGUCAGCCCAAUAUCACCAAGUUGAUUAUUACCAAACAGAUGUUGCCCUCGUCUAUUACCAUGUCUCAAGGAGGAAUGGUCACCGUUAUCCCAGCCACAGUGGUAACCUCCCGGGGGCUCCAAAUAGGCCAAACCAGUACAGCUACUAUCCAGCCCAGUCAGCAAGCCCAAAUUGUCACCCGGUCAGUGUUGCAGGCAGCAGCAGCUGCUGCUGCUUCUAUGCAACUGCCUCCCCCACGACUGCAGCCCCCUCCAUUGCAACAGAUGCCUCAGCCCCCAACUCAGCAGCAAGUGACCAUUUUGCAGCAGCCUCCCCCACUCCAGGCCAUGCAACAGCCUCCAUCUCAGAAAGUUCGAAUCAAUUUACAGCAACAGCCCCCUCCUCUGCAAAUCAAGUUUGUGCCUCCACCCACUCUGAAAGUACAGACUACCUUAGUCCCACCAGCUGUGGAAAGUAGUCCUGAGAGGCCUGUGAACAGCAGCUCUGAAACCCACACAGCUGAGGAAACCUCUACUGAGACAAUCUGUGAGAUGAUUACAGAUGUAGUUCCUGAGGUUGAGUCUCCUUCUCAAAUGGAUGUUGAAUUGGUGAGUGGGUCUCCUGUGACGCUCUCACCCCAGCCUCGAUGUGUGAGGUCUGGUUGUGAGAACCCUCCUGUUGUGAAUAAGGACUGGGACAAUGAAUACUGCAGCAACGAGUGUGUGGUGAAGCACUGCAGGGAUGUCUUCCUGGCCUGGGUAGCCUCUAGAAAUUCAAACACAGUGGUGUUUGUAAAAUAGUCCUUCCUGUUCUCCAAGCCAGUGAAGACUUAUCUGCUGGGAAUCCAAGAUCCUAUUUUUAAAACACAAAGUUGGGUUUCUGGUAGUGCCUGAUCUCAGUCCAUACUGGUCCUCCAUGCUUCUCCAUUUUCCUCUCUCUUCAACAGGAGCCAGGCUGUGCAGCAGGGCUAUUGAGUUUACUGUACUCUAGAAUUGCCUUUUACUUUCAAGUACAAGCAGUGAAAGCAGUGAUAAUAGCAGAGGAAACGAUGAAGGGAAUAUGGACAAACAGAAGGGUGGUGGUGGGGUAGGGGGAUUGUUUAAGGAAAUGUGUUGGUUUAAUUGUCAUAGGAUUUGCCUAAAAAAUUAUUAAAAUAAUGGGAGAGUACUCUGCUUUGAGCCUAGGAGAAAACACCAUUGUGUGAUCCACUUUAAAGGGGAGAAAAGCCUGCGUUAAAGGUUCCCUCUCAAUCAGAAAACUAUUACUGUCACGUCUAGCUGUAUAUUACGUUGAGAACAAAGGUUUUCAACACAGUAGGCACACUGGGCUGGAGGGAAAAAACCCUGCCGAGAAGUUUAUUUCUCUUUAUGUCAACAUGUCCCUCUUCACCUCAGUAAUCAAAGUUUAUGUGUAAAAGGCAAACUCUAUAUCCUUAAAUUAAUAUAAAAGGUUUCACCAAAGUUAAAGCUAUGUUCACUUGUAUUUGAUAAAAUAUCUUCUAACAGGCUUACAUAAUAUAAAGGCUAAAGGCUAAUUUCCUGCACAUUUUGGGCACUGAUGUGCAUAUUUCAUUUUUCUUGGAAAUAACCUAAAAAACAAUACAGUAGUAACAAAAUCAGUGUUGUUACAAAGUAAGCAAAUGUUUAGAGCAUGAUAAUCCUAAUGAUAACCUUAAAUGAAACUCAAAUCUCACCUUGAAAAAUGCUAUCCCACAGAACUACCUUUUUGAUUACCAUGUUCACAUACUACUUGUUGCUAAUCACUUUGAUCCUAACAAUACAAUCCAUUUUAAUGCUCUCACUUAGUUUGAACCAUCACAGCAACCCAAUGAGGUAGGUAAUAUUUCCAGAUUUAUACAUAAGAAUACCACACUGAGAGAUGAGUUACAUAAGAUCACACAUUGUUAGGUGGCAGAGCCAGAAUUUGACUUCAAAAUCCCAACUACAAUAUAAACUUUUAUUUAAAUAAGGAAAGAAGCUAUUGUACAAAUAUUAUUCUUCAGAUGCAGCCUGCAGAAACAUGGCUAUGGAUGCUUAGCUCUGUGAGGAAGUGCUUCUAUAGAUUUUUAGGUUUAGAGAUGAUACCAUCUGGAUACCUUUGCUUGAACCGGGCAACCACAUCUGGGUCUAGUAGGUGGAUCCCAUCUAGUUGGUUUCCAAGGGUGAUCCUGAAGCAAGGAUAAAGAAAGGGUAAAUCAAAAAUCCUGAAUUAAAUGUCUUAACACUGUUAAAAGAUGGGUACCUUUUAUUAAGACUACCUAUCAUCAAAUAUUCAUGCUAAUUCUUUUUAAAAAGACCUUAAUAAUUAUAAUCGUGAAAAUGAUAGUAUGACUAGUUUAGGAAUCAGGCACAGAUAUUGCUGUUAAAACAGGCAGGAUCCGAGGCCAUUAUGAUUAACACACAUAAUGUAGGGGGUCACGGGAAGGCAGUAUAGCAGAGAAGACAAGCAGUGACUCUAUAGCAUCUUACUACACUGAUGGACAAUGAUUGCAAUGGGGUGUGAGGGGGGUACUUGAUAAUAUGGGUAAAUGUAACCACAAUGUUGCUCGUGUGAAGCCUUCGUAAUGAUACCUUAAUUUAAAAAUAAAUAAUUAAAAACAGGAUCUGUA